CAAUCACUAUUAUAUUGUGUCUUGCUAAAUAUAAAGUCUCACUAAUGAAUUCGGACGCCCAAAUAAUUUUUCACUAAUUGAGUAAAUUAAUUUUAAUUAAGUUUUGGUAGUAAAAAUCGCAAAUACAGUUGCGUCCUAACACCGUUUUUUUUUUAAAUUGAUUCAACAGUGCGAAGUGACACAGCUGUUGUAUACAUAGCUUUUUUGAUUAAAAUUCAUUUUUAUAAUUGAGCAGCUGAACAAGUGGAUUACAUCCGAUAGGUGAAUAACUUCACUAAAAUAAACGCCGUAACAAUUUGCAGUGCUAUAAAAUUGCGAUUAUUUUGAAAAUACGGAACAGAUAACGUUGGGUAUGGCCACCAAAGAAAGUGAAAUACCAUUAGAAGUGAUAACUGAACCACCCAAAUACAAUCCAUUAAGCAGAACUGUUGUGGAUUCACCAAGCGAACAUGAGGAAAACUACGAAAAUGAAGGUGAAGAGGAGGAAAACCGGCGGAAAAGAAUGGAAGAUAAGUGCUGUAGUUGUUGGAAUGAUCCGACGGAUGACUCGGUCGAAGAUUCGGUGAUAUUAUGCUGUUUUCUCUGUAAUAACGACGAUGGAUGCUGUUCAGGAGAUGCGACAUGUUGCGAUUGCGAUGACGGCGGUGACUGUUGCGACGGAUGUGGUGAUUGUGAUGGAUGCGAUGGAUGUGACGGAUGUGACGGUUGUGACUGCGAUGAUUAGAGCUUGUUUUGCACGUAAACAGUUUAUUGGUACAAAAAAAUCUGUUGAGAUCCACCACUAAAUUAGUGGCACUAAUGUUCUUUGGAUUAAAUAAGAAUGACAGCACCGAGGGGGAAACCACUAUUUUGUGAUUAACAUGGUUAAUCAGUUAAUCUGUUAAUCAGAAACAUAAGUUUUGUGAAUCCGAACGGUUAAUCGGUGAUUAACAUUGAUUAACCGCUAUAUUUCACGUUUAUUUGUAGUUUUGCAACGAUUCCCCCGGUCAAAUGCUGGUAAAUCACCAAUUCAUCAUCAUGUUAAUCACUGGUUAAUCAUGUUAAUCACAUCAAUAAUAAAUAGUGGUUUCCCCCUCGGGAAAUUGCUCACGUAAUUGCAAUAAAAAGAGACAUUUUUUUUGUAAGUGGAAAAAUGAUCUUUUAUUAAUCCUGUUUCUUCUUAAAUGCACAAGUACAGAUACAGAUCAUAGUUGUUUAAUUAUCGCUUAACAUAACAAUAUUUUGUGUUUGUCGCUAAAAUUAUUCACCGAAAGAAAAAAAAAGUUUCCCUAAGAAAAUAUUUAAGAAUUUUCCCAACAAAUUUGGGUUGGGAACAUUUACGGUACGAAACCA